CGAACUUCGCACGUGCCAAUAAAACACUUGCAAAGAAAAAAAAAACGCGAGUUCAGUAGUUUACCACGUUAAUUAGCAAACGAGCGAACGGAAAAACGCAUCGCUCUCAUCAGAAUCUGGACCUGGAUCAGAUCUGUGCGGGUCGGGUCGUAUAGGAUCAGAUCGGUAUUAGUCGUUGAUCGGAGUAUCCGGCACUUAUGGCGGCGGCGAGGCGAUUACGCACGCUCCAAUCUCAGCCGGAGAACAAGGUCUGUGUCGACUGUUCCCAGAAGAAUCCCCAAUGGGCGUCUGUUUCCUACGGCAUCUUCAUGUGCCUGGAGUGCUCCGGCAAGCACCGAGGCUUGGGCGUUCACAUCUCCUUCGUCCGAUCCGUCACCAUGGAUUCGUGGUCCGAGAUCCAGAUCAAGAAGAUGGACUCCGGCGGCAACGAGCGGCUCAACAAAUUCCUCGCGCAGUACGGGAUCUCUAAGGAGACCGACAUCGUCGCCAAGUACAAUUCCAACGCCGCCUCCGUGUAUCGCGAUCGGAUCCAGGCUUUAGCCGAGGGGAGACAAUGGAGAGACCCGCCGGUUGUCAAGGAAUCGAACGGAGGCGGGAUGAACAGGAAGCCUCCGUUGUCGCAGGGCAGUGGAAACAAUGGCGGAUGGGAUAAUUGGGACACAGAUGAUUCCUUCAGAUCUUCGACCGAUAUGAGGCGGAACCAAUCGGCGACUGAUUUUAGAGCAUCCGGAGCUCGCGGUGCGCCGGCGAAGUCGAAAUCGUCGGAGGAUAUCUACUCGCGGUCUCAGCUUGAGGCUUCGGCUGCGAACAAGGAGAGUUUCUUCGCGAAGAGGAUGGCUGAGAAUGAGUCUAAGCCUGAGGGUCUUCCUCCUUCACAAGGAGGCAAGUAUGUUGGAUUCGGAUCAAGCCCAGGCCCAGCUCCGAGAAGCAAUCAACAGGGUGGUGAUGUUUUCUCUGUCAUGUCUGAGGGUCUAGGAAGAUUGUCUCUUGUUGCCGCUUCUGCUGCGAAUGUUGUUCAGAGCGGAACCAUGGAGUUCACUUCCAAGGUCAAAGAAGGAGGCUUAGAUCAAACGGUGAGUGAGACUGUUAACGUUGUUGCGAGUAAGACAACAGAGAUAGGACAGAGGACAUGGGGGAUCAUGAAAGGAGUGAUGGCAAUUGCUUCACAAAAGGUUGAAGAGUUCACUAAAGAAGAAACAGCAACCUGGAAUCAACAGAAUAAAAACGAAGGCAACGGUUACUACCAGAACAACAACGCAGCAAAUUCGUCUCUUGGAGGUUCACGUUCACAGUCGUCAUCGAGUGGCCACCACAACAGUUAUCAAAACUCGAGUUCUUGGGAUGACUGGGGAGAAGAUAACAACAAUACCAAAAAGGAAGUAGCACCGAAGGUGUCGACUUCUAAUGAUGAUGAUGAUGGUUGGGCUGGUUGGGAUGAUAACGAUGGCAAAGACGAUGAUGGUUAUUAUCAGAGUGCAGGGGAUAAGAAAUCUGUAGGUCACAAUGGGAAAUCAGACACUGCUUGGACUGGUGGAGGUUUUCUCUAGCGGUCAAUGGUGAGUGAAGUUGUACAAUUUAAGGAAAAGCAAAGCCUCUGUGUUCUUCGUGCUCUGUCACAAAGAGAUAGAGCAAGAGAGCGGAGGUCUGUUUUUUGUUUGUUUUCACAUUAUCGAUUGCUUGGCGAUCAAUUCAUCGAUCGUCAUUAUUUGUUCUUCAACAAUAUAGUUUCUUUUCUAUAUCGUCAUUAUAAUUGUACAAGCUUUAUAGGGGACUGCUUGCUAAUCUAUUGGGGUUAGUCUUCAGCUCUUUUUUUGAGAUGCAAAACUUUUAUUUACUUGGAAAUUUAUUUGUAAUGACCACAAAAAAAAACACACCUUUUUAUUGUCUUCUUUUUCAAUUAUAAUUUUUUUUUGAAAGAAAUUCAUAAUAAUGACUUUGGACAAUGAAGACUGUCAUGGACCAGAUCAGUUCACGCUUCAAUUUGAUAAUCUUCCAUAAUAAUGGCAUUCUGAACCGAGUCUGUCAACAGCAACUCUUGUAUCUCUCCUCUACUCACGCGUGAGACUAUUUAAAGCCAAACAGACUCUUCUCUGUUCCUGACCAUCCACCUGUUUCUCUUCUUCUCCAUUAUAUUCUUCUUCUCAAUCUUGCAACAUCUUUAAGGGUUUAUAAGCUUCGAGAGAGAGAGAAAAAUCAUGGGAAUAUAUGGAAUGGUGACAGGAAAAGCUGGAAAGAGUGGAUUUGGAUCAGCUUCAACAGCUGAAGAUGUCACUCUCUCCAUUGACGCCAAUCAUCUCACUGCCAUCGUCACAGGUGGAACAAGUGGAAUUGGUUUGGAGGCAGCAAGAGUAUUGGGAAUGAGAGGAGCUCGUGUCAUCAUUGCCGCAAGAAACACAAAAGCUGCUAAUGAAUCGAAAGAGAUGAUUCUUCAGAUGAACCCUAAUGCUCGCAUCGAUUAUCUUCAGCUUGAUCUCUCUUCCGUAAAAUCCGUCAGAUCCUUCGUCCAUCAAUUUCUUGCCCUUAACCUCCCUCUCAACAUACUCAUAAACAAUGCAGGUGUUAUGUUUUGUCCUUUCCAGCUCACUGAAGAUGGGAUUGAAUCACAAUUCGCAACAAACCACAUUGGUCAUUUUCUGUUGACGAAUCUGCUUCUGGACAAAAUGAAGAGUAGCGCAAAAGAAAGUGGAGUUGAAGGAAGGAUUGUGAAUUUGUCAUCUGUUGCUCAUACUUAUACUUACUCUGGAGGUAUCAAGUUCAAUAGCAUCAACGACCCUAAUGUAUAUUCGGAGAAAAAGGCUUAUGGACAGUCCAAACUGGCAAACUUGUUGCACUCCAAUGCACUCUCCCGUAAACUACAGGAAGAAGGUGUGAAUAUCACAGUGAAUUCGGUUCACCCUGGACUUGUCACCACUAAUCUCUUUCGUCACUCCGGUUUAGCAAUGAAGGUCUUCAAGGCAAUGAGUUUCUUCUUGUGGAAAGAAAUACCUCAGGGAGCAGCAACAACAUGCUACGUGGCACUUCAUCCCAGUCUCAAAGGCGUCACCGGAAAUUACUUCGCCGACUGUAACGUCACCACUCCGAGCAAAUUUGCUCUCGACGAUUCUCUCGCCGAUAAACUUUGGGAUUUCAGUAUCAAACUCAUCGAUUCUCUCCCUUAAUUUAAUAUCUAAGCCAAAAUUGGUUUCUCUUUUUCUUUUAUCAUCGUCAGCCAAAAUUGGUUUCUAUUUUUUUUAUUGUCGUCAGCAAAAGUUUGUUAUACACAUUCAAAAGUUCGUUAUAAAUUCAAAAUUUCUCAUUCAUAAAAUUUACGUUAAUCUUUUAUGAUUUAAUCUAUCACCGCAUAAAUUUUACAUUAGAACUAAAAGAAUACUGUGUAAAAACAGAUUAAAAGCGCAAAAUCUCAUAUGUAAUAAUUAUCCCUAAUAUAUUUAUUAUCAGUUGUUUAUCCAAAAGAAAUUAAGAGCCUACAUUGCAAGGUUAUACACAUAACCCAAAACAUUAGAAUGGUCUAUGCAAUGUUUAAUAAUAAGUAUAGUGGGCCUAAAUUAUUGGGCUUCCUCUUCCUCCCAAAGGCCCAUUGUUCGUACAACGACGGCAGAGACAGCGACCACAAUGGCUGCAAAAACCGGCGGCACAACGAGGUCCAUCUUCGACCGCCGGAAUAGAUUCGCCGGUAAACAGAACACCUCCGUAGGAAGAUCCAACGGAACUAAAACGGCAGCGUCGGAUCCGCACCGCCGCGAGAACUCCACCGAAGAAGACGACGGAUAAAUCGCCGACACGAAGGCGAACUCUGGUGCGAGCGAGAUAAUCGCCACCGUGAUGGUCAGAAACGCCGUCCAAGUAGCGCCGUAGACGAAAAGCGGAAUCCGCCACCGGAAUCGGUUAGUCAGAGACGAGAAUAGAUGGCGAAUCAUCAUCGAUUGAAGUGUAAACGCUUACCCUCUUAACGCAUAAUCGUUAUCUCAAUUUCAAUAUCUGUAUCGCUUUAUAGUUCCGCCGAUUGCAAUUACUUCCGCCAUACAAAUGGAGUAGAAGGAGAGAAGUAGAAGAGAGGAUAACCUAAUCUCACCUGCUCUUGAUUUUCUAACGACGA